AUACAGGCUUUUUUUUUCAGUGAAAUGGCUAAUGCUAUCGGUGAACCUGUUGACAACAUUUUAGAAACACUUCUGGACUUGUUUCCCAAAACAGUUGACACCAUCUCGCCUUCUAAAGGUCACCUUAUUUCUGGAAGGAAAAAACCUUUUCCUCCUCCUCCAGAAGAAGAAUUAGUGAAACGCCCCCCUAUUGUAACAAUUAUGGGACACGUAGAUCAUGGCAAAACUACACUUUUAGAUUGCUUAAGAAACUCACGUAUUGUAGAAUCAGAAUUUGGUGGUAUAACGCAACAUAUUAAAGCCUUCACUUUGAACGACGGUGCGAAUUCCAUCACCUUUUUGGAUACUCCUGGACAUUUAGCUUUUGCCCAAAUGCGAGAAAGAGGAGCCAAUUCCACUGACAUUAUAGUUCUAGUUGUCGCGGCUGACGAUGGCGUGAAGGAACAAACCGUUCAAUCGAUAAAGUAUGCAAAAGAGUCAGGAGUCCCCAUUAUUGUUGCAAUUAAUAAAUGCGACAAGCCGACUGCGAAGCCGGAAGAAGCAAAACGAUCAUUACUUCCUUAUGAUGUAGUUGUGGAAGAUUUUCACGGAAAUGCUUUAUGUGUGGAAAUCUCUGCUUUGUACGGGACGAACAUUGGUGCAUUAAAAGAUGCCAUAUUAUUGCAAGCAGAGGAGUUGAAUUUACGCAGUUCACCGAAGGGACGAGUUGAAGGAAUUGUCAUUGAAUCUACUUUUUUUUGUUUUUGCUUUACGGUGCGAUAUACUUUUUUGCAUCAACAGCAUUUUUUAGGGCUUGGAAAAGAAUGUGUAAUGAUUGUGCAAAGGGGUACGUUAAAGAAGGGCUGCUAUUUAGUAGGUGGGACAUCUUUUGUUCGUUCAUUGAUGGACGAAUCGGGUCGUGAAGUCAAGGGAGCAGGACCAAGCACUCCUGUUAGAGUUUUAGGAUGGAAAGAUUUAUUGCCGUCACCAGGAGAACGAGUGUACGAAGUUCUGAAUGAACGUCAAGGGACGAACAUUGUAUCCUAUCGUAAAAAGAAAAAUAUGGAGAAAAAGGCGGAUGAAGAUUGGGCAUUGAUCAAAGAAAAGAGAAUGGAAGAAAGGGCAAUAUAUAUGAGUAAUCGACAGAAAUUAUUAGAUAAAGGCAUUCGUGUGGGUUCAACACUACGGGCAGUUGUGCACAAGGUCUACUCAAGUAAAUCUGUAUUGCCGAAUUUUUUUAAAAGUAUUCCCGAUGUUGAUGGAACUUUGGAAGCUAUUUUGAACGUCUUACAUACGUACUCUUCAGUUAAGGUGAAACUGCAGAUUGUUACCGCUGAAGUAGGAACUCCAGCGGAUCUAGACAUUAAAUUAGCUAGUGAAAUGAACGCUGUAAUCUACUGUUUCAAUGUGACGUCAAGCCCAGCUGUAGAAGGUGCAGCGGAGAGACUUGGUGUUACUAUAGAGAAAUUUAAUGUGAUUUAUCACUUGGUAGAAAGCUUGAAGGACCGACUUUCUGAACAAGUGCCUAUGGAGCUGGAGACGCAAAUUGUUGGCGAGGGUCAAGUAAUAAAGGAGUUUCUUGUGAGCUACGGGGGUAAAAAAAGACGUUCUGUUGCAGGUGUUUUGGUGCGGUGGGGGACUUUCAAAAGGAACUGCACCUUUCGAUUUCUGCGGGCUGGAGGAGUUUAUUAUGAAGGAAAGGCAGAAUCAUUACAAUGUGAAAACCAGGUAAAAAUGAAUGUUUGUACCGGCCGAGAAGUUGGAAUUGCCAUGGAAGACAAAACUUUACGAUAUAAGGAAGACGAUGCAGUCGUCGCCUUGGAAGAUGUUCCAGUCAAGAAGGCUAUUGAUUGGAAUCCUCCUGGGUUUUAA